AUGGAAAAUCAGUAUGACGAAGAGAAAAGAUUGGCUGCCCUCUGCAGAAGUCUGGGCGAUUUAUGGACUGAGGAAGAUGUGGUGGAUAUCCCAGUUGGCCUCCCCUAUGGGAGAGUUACAUAUGAGGCAGUUAUGGGCAUUGCAUCAAAAAUCGGAGAGGUUGUGGAAGUGCAAUUAGAAGCGAAAGGGAACAACAAUCACAAGGUGGGCAGGGCCAGAAUUAAGCUGAAUUUGGAAAUUCCUUUGAAAACUGGAGUUCUUGUAAAUCUUGACAAUAAAAGUUUGUGGGUAGAAUUUAAGUAUGAAAGGCUCCCGCAUUAUUGCUAUUCAUGUGGGAGAAUUGACCAUUAUGCGACAUUUUGCCAAGAAAUACCAUAUGAAGAAACAGGGCUAGCAAAGAACUUACCAGGCCGCUAUGGUCAUUGGCUACGAGCGGAAGCGCGGGAGCUUAGUCCUUAUGGGAAAAUCUUCUAUGGUAAACAAGAAUAUCAACAUGAGGAAGAGGAGAGUGUGCCCGAAACCCCUAUUCCACUGGUCCCUACAACAGAAUAG